GGUUUCUUUACAGUCCUGUCUGAACGUGUUAAGCAAGUGGGCUUGAUGCUUGGAUUUUCAUCCUCCUCUGCUCUCGUAGUAACUAGUGGGAGGGUUGAUUAACUGCAGUGCUAUCUUUGUCUUGUUGCGCUUCGUAGAAAGCUGGCUUUAUUCUACCAAUAGCGAUAGUCUCCUUCUUUCCACUUUCGUUGGUGAUGAAGUGUUUGUUUUUUUUGUUUAAUUACUUGGUAAGGUCCUUCGUACGGUUGUUUCAAUGGCUUUUUAACUGCGUCGACUCGAACAAAAACAAAUUUACAAGUCCCUAGGUGUUUAUCAAGUCGUACGCGGUUGUUGCGUUCACGCGGAGGUAUCGCUUUAAUGUUUUGCAUUGUUUGUGAUAGACGGCUUACGAAACCACUUGGAUCAUUUGACACUGUUGAUUCUUGAUCAACCAACUGACCUGGCAAUGUUAAUUUAGUACCAUAAACUAGUUCAGCUGAAGUGCAACAUUUGUUUAAGCGAGGUUUCGUCUAAUUUGUACGGACCUGAGAGUUGUUUCAUAUGCCGUAACAAGUGAGAUGGUCUCUUGUCACCUAGUUCGCAUGCUGUUAACAGUUGCUGAAGUCUUUUUCGUCAGAUACUGAUAUGCGUUGUAUUACAGCUGCUUUAAUUUCUUGGCAAGAAUCGGUCUCUGGUACUUGGUCGAUCAGGUCUCGACUUCAGUAGCGAUUUAGAUAGGGACUGCGCUUGUCAUCCAUAUCUCCACAAUGUUGGGCGUUAAGUCAAUAAGUGAAUACUAAAAGAUUUUAAAGUUUGUCACGUCAUCAAAAAUUUGUAUAAGAGUAAAAGCCUUCACCUUUAUAUUUCGAAUGACCGAUUAAGCAGCUUGCUAUUUUGUUUUUCUUUUCUAUUGUCAUCUACAUUUCAUCAUUCUCACUUUACAAGCGGUUGGUUUGUGUAAAGUAUGAGUUUGAGCGGUACCAAUGGUAGAGUUCCAUACGACGAGGAGGUGGGGUUUUUACCAACCUCAAAAGAUAGUCCUGAUACAAAUGAAAAUGAAGCAGGACAAAAAGACACCUAUCGUUUACUUACAAGAGAAGACUUGAUGCAGCUAGACAGCAAAGAGCCGUUGUGGUUACGUCUUAGAUGGGGUCUAUUUAUAUUGUUUUGGAUUGUUUGGAUUGGACUUCUCUUAGCGGCAAUCUUAAUAAUAGUGUUCACUCCCAAGUGUCCUCCAAGACCUGUUCUGCCUUUCUGGAGAUCAAGUGCUGGGUAUUGGGUCAACCCAUUUGCUUACGCGGAUUCUACCGGUGACAAAAUCGGAGAUCUACGAGGCUUGGUCGAAAGACUCGGAUAUAUCAAAAGUACUAUAGGUGCGGGAUUCAUUGUCCUCAGUUCUAUUUUCUCCGGUCAGUUUACUAAUGACCAGAAAACAUUGGGUCUUGUGGACGAUUUCUAUACUAUUGAUCCUGCCGCUGGUACUAUGGAGGAUUUUAAGUAUUUUGUGAGGUCAUGCCACAAAAAUGGUAUUCAUGUGGUCUUGACCAUGGACUUUAAUUCUGUCUCUGCGAAACAUUCAUGGACUGAUUCAACGUCUAUGCUCGAACCAUAUCCGAGUGGUGGACGGAUUUCCCGUUUAGGUGGCGAUGCAAGAACCGUUAUACAAGGCACCGGAUAUUACUCUGUUCUUGGUUCACAGUUUGUUGAUCUUAAUCUGAGAGAGUCAGUUACAUUAGAUCGUGUUUCUGAUGUGGCAAAGUUUUGGCUCAAUGAGGGCAUAGAUGGCAUUCUUUUAGACAAUGUUGCUUUCUAUGUUGAAAACAGUGCAGAACCCACCGCCCCGAUUACAAAAGAGUUGGGUUCAAAAUGGUUUGCUAAAUAUCCGACAUCACAAAUUUACCUGAAUGAAUCAGUGGAGGUUGUUCGCAGAAUUAGGAAGGUUGUCGAUGAAAUGUCGGAGUCCAGUGGGAAACCAAAGUUAUUGGCAGUUGAUGCUGGUAAUACAGGAUAUGGUAUUAGUGAGAAGGAAGACCCUUCCAUGCAGUAUCUCGGGACGAAAGAUUCGCCAGCAGCACAUGUAGUUGUAAGCCGUCAGUUUGUUAAGCAGCGUGGUUGGAAAGCAUCUCCAACUAAUCCUCUCGUGAUAAACAACAAUAUUUUGACGUAUGAUAUGCUAAGUGUGGAUGACAGAGAUUCCAUGGCUUUGGCAGCUGCUUCAACUACUGACCCUAGACAGUCUGAUCUAGUUGCUUUGGCUUCUACGUUUCUGCUUCCAGGCACUUGUCUACUGUAUUAUGGUUCAGAGUUAAAUGAGGAGACGAGAAACACCAAAUUCACUGCCGAUUUUUACCCGUUUGAUGAGAAGACUGUGUUCACUGGCUCUAACGAAACUGAUGUGCUUUUAUCUCAAUUAGCCAUGCCUUGGGAUCAAUCUGGAGUUGGUUUCUCGGCGAUGCUAUCAAAUGUUACUUCUUUUACAGAAUAUUUGAAAGCCUUCAAAUUUAAUGAAACAGUCGAGUCCGCAACAUCAAGUGGUCGUGGGAUUACUUCUCUCUCACUUGUUCAAGAUCUUGUAGCGAUCCGUAAAAAUGAAAGCUUGCUAUGGGGAGGUUUCAGGAUGUUGCAACCCAGUCGCAUUACAGAAGAGUUGAAUUUUGAGAUAUUUGAACGCAAAGCCGAAGGUUUCCCAGCUUUCAUAAUUGUUUUACGCAAAGAGUCCAAUGCGGUCAGUGGGACAUUUGACUUUUCUAGUGUGUGCCCUAGCAUCAUUCCAAAAUAAUCUAUCCUCCAAAUAGAAAUUUCCCAAUUGAUCAACCAGUUAGUAGUCAACGUGUUUACCUGAAAUCUGAUGGGCAACCUAUGAUAUAUGUUUUCAAAUGUGAAUGAAAUAAGUAAACUUACCGAGGUUUCAUAUGUAUGCAGUCAAUAACUGAUUUGUUGUGCUUGAACUGUCAGCUAUUACUUUUUCAACUUAUCGAACUUUAUCUGUUGUAGUACAAAAUGCUUUCUUAGUUUACCGCUAAAUUGUGUGCUUAUGUUCAUUCCGACCAAUUUACAAAUAUAUAUUUCUUUGCUCAAACUCCUCAGACUUUUGUACUGUUUAAAAAUGAAUUGGGUAUUACGCGCAUUAUAU